AUGCCAUCAAACGUCCUAAUCGUAGGCGCGACCCGUGGCCUCGGCCUCGAAAUCGCAAAACAGUACCACUCCAGCCGCCACACCGUAACAGGGACUGCACGAUCAGGCCAAGUCAAAGACUUCCCUCUGCCCAUAAAGUGGAUCACCGGCGUAGACAUGGCCACCGAAUCCGCAGGAAAAACCAUCGUCGAAGGCCUCGAAGGCGCCAAGCAAGACCUUGUGGUCCUCAACGCAGGCUAUUUUGGAAAAGAAACGUUCGAUGAACCCGACUACGAAGCGGAAGUCAAGAUGUACAAGACUUCAGCGAUAGGUCCAGUAUUCGUGACACAAGCAUUAGCAAAAGCAGGUCUCAUCGGGAAGGGCAGUAAAUUGAUCCUUGUGUCGAGUGAGGCGGGGAGUAUUGGCUUAAGACACGAGAGUGAAGGCGGCGGGAUGUAUGGACACCAUGCUUCCAAAGCAGCAUCGAAUAUGGUUGGCAGGCUGUUGAGCUUCGAUCUGAAAGAGAGUGGAGUCGCGGUAGCGAUGGUGCACCCUGGCUUCAUGAGGACGGAGAUGACGAAGAGUGUUGGCUUUGAUAAGUUUUGGGACGCCGGAGGGGCGGUGACGCCGGAUGUUGCUGCGAAGAGUUUGGUGGAGUGGGUUGAGACUUUUGAUAUAAGCAAAUCGGGGCAAUACUGGGCACCAAGGGGAGCUGCGUACGUCCAGACUUAUCUAUCGCGUUUGACUGGAGACGGUAUUGACAUUUCUAUAGUGAUAUUGGGACUGCUGAGCCAGUGCUUGGUCCUAAGGAUAAGCUGUCGACACCCCUACAGCUUCCCUGGUAG